AUGGUGCAGAAAUCCCGCAACGGAGGCGUUUACCCGGGGCCCGCCGCUGAGAAGAAGCUGAAGGUGGGUUUCGUGGGGCUGGACCCGGGCGCCCCGGACUCCAGCCGGGAUGGAGCUCUCCUCAUCGCCGGCUCCGAGAGCAGCAAGCGAGGCAGCAUCCUCAGCAAACCCCGCUCCGGGGUGUCGGGCAGCGGAAAGCCCCCCAAAAGGAACGCUUUUUACCGCAAGCUGCAGAAUUUCCUUUACAACGUGUUGGAGAGACCGCGGGGCUGGGCGUUCAUUUACCACGCAUACGUUUUUCUACUAGUUUUCUCCUGCCUGGUGCUGUCUGUCUUUUCAACCAUUGAUGAGUACCAGAACAGCUCAGAAGGGGCCCUUUACAUCCUGGAAAUUGUCACCAUCGUGGUGUUUGGGGUGGAAUACUUUGUGAGGAUCUGGGCAGCUGGCUGCUGCUGCCGCUACCGGGGCUGGAGGGGAAGGUUGAAGUUUGCCCGAAAGCCGUUCUGUGUCAUUGACAUCAUGGUGCUGAUCGCAUCCAUCGCCGUGCUGGCAGCGGGGUCCCAAGGGAACGUCUUUGCCACGUCGGCUCUCAGGAGUUUGAGGUUCCUGCAGAUCCUGCGCAUGAUCCGCAUGGACCGGCGCGGCGGCACCUGGAAGCUCCUGGGCUCCGUGGUCUACGCACACAGUAAGGAGCUGAUUACUGCCUGGUAUAUUGGCUUCCUGUGCCUCAUCCUGGCCUCUUUCCUGGUAUACUUGGCCGAGAAAGGAGAAAAUGAGCACUUUGACACAUAUGCAGAUGCACUCUGGUGGGGUCUGAUCACUCUCACCACCAUCGGCUACGGGGACAAGUACCCGCAGACCUGGAACGGGCGGCUGCUGGCGGCGACGUUCACGCUCAUCGGCGUCUCCUUCUUCGCCCUUCCUGCCGGCAUUCUGGGUUCCGGGUUUGCUCUGAAGGUUCAAGAGCAGCAUCGACAAAAACACUUUGAGAAGAGGCGAAACCCAGCAGCAGGGCUGAUCCAGGCUGCUUGGCGAUUUUAUGCCACCAACCUGUCCCGGACAGACCUGCACUCCACCUGGCAGUACUACGAGCGCACCGUCACCGUCCCCAUGUACAGCACGCAAACGCAAACGUACGGUGCCUCCAGACUAAUCCCUCCUCUGAACCAGCUGGAGCUCCUGAGGAACCUGAAGAGCAAAUCGGGACUGACAUUCAGGAAAGAGCAGCAGCCUGAACCAUCGCCAAGUAAAAGCAAACCGUGCAGAGAGUCACUAUGCGGAUGCUGCUCAGGAAACUCUAGUCAGAAGGUCAGUUUGAAAGAUCGUGUCUUCUCCAGUCCCCGCGGUGCUGGCACCAAAGGGAAAGGCUCUCCACAGGCUCAGGGCAUCCGGAGGUCCCCCAGCGCUGACCAGAGCAUUGAGGACAGCCCGAGCAAAGUGCCCAAGAGCUGGAGCUUUGGAGACCGCAGCCGAGCGCGGCAAGCUUUCCGCAUCAAGGGAGCAGCAUCGCGGCAGAACUCAGAAGAAGCAAGCCUCCCUGGAGAAGACAUUCCUGAUGAGAACAAAAGCUGCAACUGCGAGUUUGUGACAGAAGAUUUGACACCAGGACUGAAAGUCAGCAUCAGGGCAGUGUGCAUUAUGAGAUUUCUGGUCUCCAAGCGCAAGUUUAAGGAGAGCCUUCGUCCCUACGAUGUGAUGGAUGUCAUCGAGCAGUAUUCAGCUGGUCACCUGGACAUGCUCUCCCGGAUUAAAAACCUCCAGGCCAGGAUAGAUAUGAUUGUGGGUCCCCCACCCCCUUCAACUCCCCGGCAUAAGAAGUAUCCAACCAAAGGACCCAUGUAUUCCUCCAAAGAGUCUCCCCAAUACUCGCCUAGAGUUGACCAGAUCGUUGGGAGAGGAUCCUCCAUGACCGACAAGGAUCGGACCAAAGGGCCAGCGGAGGGGGAGAUGCCUGAAGACCCCAGCAUGAUGGGCAGGCUUGGAAAAGUUGAAAAACAGGUUCAAUCAAUGGAGAAGAAGCUGGACUUCCUGGUGAACAUUUACAUGCAGCGGAUGGGCAUCCCACCAACCGAGACAGAGGCUUAUUUUGGGUCCAAAGAACCAGACCCAGCACCUCCCUACCACAGCCCCGAAGACAGCAGGGAGCACAUCGACAAGAACGGCUGCAUCAUCAAGAUCAUCCGAUCCACCAGCUCCAUGGGUCAGAAGAACUUCUCUGCCCCUCCAGCCCCGACCAACACGUGCCCACCUUCGACGUCGUGCCAGCAGCAGGUGUACCAGCGGCAGAGCCACGGCUCCUCGCCCGUGGGUGACCCCGGCUCGCUGGUCCGCAUCCCGCCCCCGCCGUCCCACGAGCGCUCCCUGUCAGCCUACAGCGGCGGGCACAGGGCGAGCGCCGAGUACCUGAGGAACGAAGACAUUACAACCAAACACCACGAGAGUGCCCUGAGAGACAGCGACACGUCCAUCUCCAUCCCCUCGGUAGACCACGAGGAGCUGGAGCGCUCGUUCAGCGGCUUUAGCAUCUCCCAGUCCAAAGAGAAUUUGGACAUCCUUAACAACGGUUGCUAUGCAGCCGUGGCCAAAAUCAGACCCUACAUUGCAGAAGGGGAAUCAGACACCGAUUCUGACCUCUGCACACCCUGUGGUCCUCCUCCCAGGUCGGCAACGGGCGAGGGACCCUUCAGUGACAUGGGCUGGUCAGCCCCCAGGCAGUGA